AGUUGCUCGGCUCGGCUGUGCCUGUGUCCCCCCGAAAAUGGCCUCGUCCCCGCUCUUCACCUCGCUCCGGCUGCCCGUGCCCACCAUCAUACCGCGCUGUGCUUCUCCGCCGCACGGCGUGCCCUCGGCGGACGACGCCGUCCCUCGGCCGGCGCCUCUCGUGGCGGCCGCUAGCCACAGGAGGGAGCUGGUGGUAGGGGCGGCGCUGACCGCGGUGCUGUUGCCGAGGGCGCCGCUGCCGGCCCAGGCGCGCGAGGUCGCGGUCGGCACGUACCUGCCACCGGCGCCGUCCAACCCGGGCUUCGUCUUCUUCCGCGCCACCCCCAAGGACACCCCCGCGCUCCGCGCCGGCAAUGUGGAGCCGUACGAGUUCAUCCUGCCGCCGACCUGGAAGCAGACGCGCGUCGCCAACAUCCUGUCCGGGAACUACUGCCAGCCCAAGUGCGCCGAGCCGUGGGUGGAGGUGAAGUUCGAGGACGAGAAGCAGGGCAAGGUGCAGGUGGUGGCCUCGCCGCUCAUCCGCCUCACCAACAAGCCCAACGCCACGAUCGAGGACAUCGGCAGCCCCGAGAGGCUGAUCGCCUCGCUGGGGCCUUUCGUCACCGGCAACACCUUCGACUCCGACGAGCUCGUCGACACCAACGUCGAGAACGUCGAUGGACAGACUUACUACAGCUACGUGCUGGAGACUCCAUUGGCGCUAACAGGUUCGCACAACCUGGCCAAGGCCACCGCCAAGGGGAGCACGGUGGUGCUGUUCGUCGCAAGCGCCAACGACAAGCAGUGGCCGGCGUCGCAGAAGGUUCUGAAAGCCAUAGUGGACUCGUUUCAAAUAUGACUGGUUUGGGUGAUGCGUUACGUUGUUGGCAACAUCUAUCGGCCUUUUUGACUUGAGUUCAGUUGAGUUGCUUGUACCCGAAGCUCUAAAAUACGAGGUAUAUAACUAUAUACUACAAGCUUAUAAAGCCAAAAGGGAAAAGAAGGCACUGCUUGUUUUAGGCUUGAGUGACGGUUGCUGUUCGUAGCUUGUCGAAGACGACAUGUCAGAUGUACAUGUACACGGAAAUGAACUUUUUCAGUAACGAAAUGCUGGUUAAUAUC